CUGUAGUGUUAAGACAGUAAUAUCUUGUACUUGGUUAAUUAUUUUAUAAUUUCACAGUAACACAAAUGCUUUAUAGUUAAAGUCAGAUGAGUUGAAAUUUGAUAUUUCUCUCUUUAUCUGUUGAAGACACCUUUUUAGCUGCAUAAUUAAGAGACAGGUUUGUCACUACUUUAACUACAUAGAUAUAUAUGUAUAUGAAUUGAGAUGUAUUUAACAUCCAUUGCAUCAAGUCAAAAUAUGUUUUACACUGUACCAGCCUAACAGAACUACAAAUUUCUGUAUAAGCUGAGGUAGCAACAUGCCAUAUAGGUAUUGAGGCUGUUCCUUUGUAGGAGUAUCAUGUAUAAGUAUUCCUUUGUACACCUUCUAUACCAGAGCAUAAAGAGGGCCUUAGGACACAAUCUCUGCAGCAUCACAAUACUAAUAGAAUUCUUCCCUCAAACAAAAGAAGUGCUGCUGGCAACCUGUUGCAUUUCUCUGCUUUGUGGAUACUUCCUCUGAUGAUAAAGGAUAAAGCCAAAAAGAGAAAGAAGCACAAGAAGCACAGUAAAAAGAAGAAAAAGAAAGCUGCUGGCUCAAACUCGGAUUUGGAAUAGUAUUUAAAAAAACAAAAAAAGCAAGACUAUCAACAAAAGUGCAAUGACUGAAGGAAAUUGAAACUGUGAAAUGAUAACAAACUUUACCAAACUGCAUGAGUUUUCCUGUGUUCUAGAAAUAUUCCUAAUCUUUCAGUAGCCAGCCAGAUGCAGCUGUGCUGGGAAAGACCGUUGUUAUUGCCUGCUGCUUAAUACAUGAGGUACAACUUUGAUUAAAGUCCAGUAAGCAGUGUUAGAUGUUUGAAACAACGUUAAGAUGGUAGCUUAGUCCAGCUAAGAUGUAAAAUAUUGGGAAGUAAGAGUUAAACUUUUUAGAUACUGAAAGUAGUGUUUUAAAGCGUUAGUAAUAGCCUUUACUUGUAAAUCAGGACAAAUAAAAUCCCAAAUUCAUCUUGUAGGUUUAUAUUAUACUUAAAGAGUUACCAGCUGGUGGCUGCGAAUGGCAUUUAUGGAACGGGAAAUGAAUGACAACGUAUAAAAUGCUGCCUUUGUAGUAAUUGCCCCAUUACUGUCUUCAUGCUUAUGAGAAAGGGAAUGCUACCAUUUGGCUAACUGAAUAGGGUGCCUUUGCCUUGAUCCUUGCAAAUCUCUGCUAUUUUUAAUCCACGCAGCAUCUCUGAUUCUAGAGAGGCCAGAACUAUUGUCAGCAGACCUUUUCUGAAUAAGCAGUUCUGGGCUUCUGAGCAUGUGCUUCUGCAUUAAGCAAGAGCAAUGACAUUUUGCAGUGUAACUGACAUUCAAAGCCAGAAGACUUUACCUCUGCUUCUUUGAAAUAGCGAUAGAUCUGUGCUAGGAAAUGAGCAUAUUUCAUUUCAUUUCAUUUUGGUUUAGUCGAACACUUCUUGCAAACUCCGGUAGUUUUUUCUUUUCCCUUCACAUUAACUUUUGGAUCGCUGUGCAUGAUUUGUACCUUUAUUAAAUUAACAAAAUGCAGGUAAUCAUUCAUUGUAACCAGUUCUCUGGAUUAUGUUCCACAUGCAGAGUUUUGUGUACGUAUUUAGUUACUCUUACAGUUAAGUUCAUUGCUGUGUUGAAGUGCACACUUGCUGAAGAUAUUUAGCAUGUAAAAAGCAGGGUUUUGAUACCUUAACAGCUUCAUAUUGAAGCUGAUUUUACUCUAAGCAAGUUCAGUGGCAGACCUGUUACAUGACGCAUCUUGUUAGAUUAAGGAGAAAUAAACCACCAUACUGCCAGAAUCUCAUUAAAUAUGCUGUUUAAACAGUUUGUAUUUAUAUUUUUGUACUGGAGGGCUACAGAAUGUUGACCUAAAUCAUAAAGCUGUUUUAUUUUAAAUUAGUUGCUUUAGGAAUUGAAAAUAAGCUUUUAUAAAUUAAAUGUGCACGCAAGAAAACACAAGCAAUCGUUAGACUUCAGUUUUUACAUGAAAUUCUCAUUGUAUCUUCCAUUGAAGUACCCGUGGCUGCGCCUGCUUUAGCCUUUAACAACCGCCCAUCUGUCUGAGUGGUCAGCUAGAGAUUACAGGAACGAUCCGCCCCUUUUGCCACUGCACAGGUGCUAACUUCUAACUUACCUCUAACAUACCGAUGUUGGAAGUAUUUUAUUGCCAAGGAUUUCAAGACCUUUCAUAACUGAUCAUUAGUCUGCAGAUCAUAAAUAAAGACUGAGGGGAGAAAGACGAUUUGACGUUGUCGUUCUACAGUGACGUUGACUUUUCUGUUGAGUUCUUAGAAAAUAACACGUAUUGAGUUGCAGCGAUGUCCUAAAGUGCACUAAAGAGUUGGAUGGCAUAUUUUAUAUUGUUGGUUGAUGCUACUGAUCCUCAGCCCCGUUGUGUCAGUGAGGUUAAAUAAAGGCAGCGAGUAGUAGGGGUUGGGUUAGGUUGGGUUGGGUUGGGGGCUUUUGUGUUUUUGUUUUGAGUUGUGGCGUUGCAGUGUUGGUAACCAUUUGUAAUGAACCAUGUCGGAUGCUCUGCUCUGUGUGAUACCUUAGUUGACUUUUACACAACUACAUGCAACAGAAAGAAAGACAAAUGGGAACGAGGGCCGCAGUCUUCCACAGCCAUAGGCCUGUGUGUUGUUUUACUUGUCUCAAUAGAAGUGCUGUUGUUGUCAGCUGUGUGCUUCUCAAACACCUGCAGCGCUUUGUUCGUGGUGUAGCUAUUAAGGAGCUUUGUCAGUUCACAGCGAAGCCGCUUUCAUGUUGGCGAUGGAAUGUGUUUUGGUUUUCAAUACAUUAGACAACCACACGGAGUCUCCUCUUGUAUCUUCUUUUCCUCGUUAGAUAAUAACCGUGGUGCGCGUGUACAGAAGGGGCCGCCAGCUGCGGCUUCACGGGCCUGAGGCGGGGCGGACUGAGCUGCCCGCUGCACGCAGGGCCGCGUACCGUCACCAUGAGGGGCGGGCAGGGCCGGGCACCACCCCACCCGGGUAACCCGAGCAGCGGCGACGCGGCCGCCGCCAUGAGCAAGAAGCGGCUGCAGCAGCUGACGGAGUCGCUGAGGCGCUCGGCUAAGCACUUUAACAAAACUGAGGUGGGAUGCCUCAUCAGGCUCUUCGACGCGCUGGUGAGCGCGUCCUACAGCCGCUUCGCCGCCGUCGGCUUCGAUCGCAACAUGUUCCGCGACACCCUGCACAGCACCUUCGGCAUGACGGACGACGUGGUGAUGGACAGAGUGUUCCGCACCUUCGAUAAAAACAACGAUAACUGCAUCAGUGUGGUGGAGUGGGUGGAAGGCCUGUCGGUAUUUCUGCGGGGGACACUGGAAGAAAGGAUUAAAUAUUGUUUUGAGGUUUAUGACCUGAAUGGUGAUGGAUAUAUUUCGAGAGAGGAGAUGUUUCAAAUGCUGAAAAACAGCCUUAUCAAACCACCAUCAGAAGACGACGGUGAUGAGGGAAUUAAGGACUUGGUAGACAUAGUCCUUAAGAAAAUGGACCUUGACCAUGAUGGCAAACUUUCUUUUGCGGACUUUGAAGAAUCUGUGAAAAAUGAAAACCUUCUCUUAGAAGCUUUUGGACCAUGUUUGCCAGACUUAAAGAGCAGUACAGCAUUUGAAAAGAAAACCUUCCGGGAAAAGCAUGAACCGUAACUCCAACAACUGCAACGCUGCUCUAAGGAUCCUUCAUCAUCCCUCAGAAGACAGUAGGAAUAAAAGCAACACAAAGCAAUUGAUAUCUUAAGUUUCAAUAUUCCUUUACUGUACAAGCUAUGGAAUAAAUAGAAUUUGCUUUUAUUA